AUGGUGGUUUGCAUGCAAACAAAUGCCGGCCUAUGGGAGACGGUAUGUCCCGAUAGCGAGCAAAUACAGCCCUGUGUUUGUCAACGCAGUGAUGACUACGAGGGCAAUGAGAUUAUAUGUGGCGGCGAUUCGUCACUGGAUUUAAAGGCCAUUUUCAGCGCUAUCGGCGCUAAUCGGACGGCAGACCAGAAGAUUUUCCGCCGAUUUAUACUUAAUAACACGGCUAUCGCUGUGUUGCCAGAGUCGGCCUUUGAGGACAUCGUGUUUAACGAGUUUGUGAUCACAAAUUGCCAGAACUUGUCGCAAAUUCACCGGGACACAUUUACUUCGACUGGUAAU